AUGCCAAUCGGUGCGCCUUGUUACGAAAACUCUUCCAGUUUUAACCAGCAAGACUGUCAAGUCGUCCAAGAAAUUGCCAGUAACAGUACCGCCAGAGGAGCAUGGUACGGGCAAACUUAUUGGCUCAAUUGGGAGUCCUGUGGGAACCUGGGUUGUGCAUUACUUGAAGACAACCCGACUGAGAACCUAUAUGGAGCCUGCUCCCUUGGCAGACUUGCAUCAUACUAUGUCGACGUUGAGCAUGCCUUCCACAUCUCAGAAUCACUUCGUUUUGCCAAAGCCCACAACAUCCGAAUUGGUAUUAAAAACACAGGCCACGACUUCUUUGGACGAUCUUCGGUGCCGAAUUCACUUGCUAUCUGGACACACAACCUGAAAACACUCGAGUACCACGAAAAUUUCACAGCGCACAACUGUUCGUCGCUAAGCAACCAGUAUAUCGGAGAGCUGGGCGCAGGAAUUAUUGCAGGUGAGGCAUAUGAGUUCUUCCAUGCCCAAGGAAUGGAUAUCACGGGCGGCUAUGAGCAGUCCGUUGGACUCGCUGGCGGCUUCGCUCAGGGGGGAGGCGUAGGAUCAUUCACUACGACAUAUGGUCUGAUGGCUGACAACGCCGUCGAAUUCGAAGUUGUAACCGCAGACGGUGAGAUACGCACCAUCAACAAGUGUAAUGAUGCCGAGCUUUUUUGGGCCAUGCGCGGAGGGGGCGGUGGCACUUUUGCCAUUCUCACCAAGUAUCGAGUCCAGCUCUAUCCGUCUCUGCCUAUUCACGUCUACAAAUUCACAGCCAAUUUCACAGGAAUUGGACCCAAUAUUACAGCGACGAAAAACACUGCUCUUCGCGAAAUUAUGACUGCUCAUGCAAGGCUUCAGUCCUCUUGGUCACAGCAGCUUGUUACGGGACAAGUUGAAUACUUCCCCAAUCGCUUUACCGCCAGCUUAGUGCUGCUCUACGAUGAUGAUGGCUCCAAGUUGAAAUCUGUCACUGCAUCCUUUGCGCAUUUUCUUGCUAAAAGAACUGAUCUUUCUAUCAGUGAGAAUGGCUACAUUUCCUACGAUAGUUACGCCUCUUAUCUCGACGUUACUGCGGCCGACGCACGCGUCACUGAGCCAGCUGGAAUAUUCUCUCAGCUGGCAUCCAGGUUGAUACCACGCGACGUGUUCGAGUCUUCACAAAGUAUAGACGCCUUAGUGGAUGGCGUCAUCCAUGGAAUUGCCACAGCAAGAAGCUUCCUUGAUCUUACUGGCACGCAAGUCGUCUUGGAAACACCUCUAUCCAAUGCCGACUUGGACCAGGAAACAUCAGUAAACCGCGCCUGGCGUGACUCGCUCUGGCAUGUCAUUCAUGUGGGCGAGUGGCUGCAACCUCUUGGAGCCGAGCGCUCUGAAAAGAUGACGGAAGGCUUCCUAGAGAUGCUCAAACCACUGAAGCAGCUUAGCCCUGGCGGUGGUGCGUAUCUCAACGAGGCGCAUUGGGGAGAACCGGACUGGCAGAAAACCUACUUUGGCACCUUUUACCACAGGUUACUAGCGAUCAAGAGCCUGUAUGAUCCUACCCAUGUCUUUGAUUGCUACAAAUGUGUCGGAUGGAGAGGGGACCAAGAGUAG